UUUACCGGAUAUCCUUUUCAAGAAAAUUGAAAGUCAUUCCACUUUUAACACAUUUACGGAUUUAAGACUAAGAAUUAAUCAGUUAGAAGAAACAAGAAGUUAAAACUUGAAAGAGAAAAAUAUAAAACGUCAGUUAGACCUUUACAAAAUGCCACCAACAGACCCUAGCAAGAUUAACAAAGUUGUGGUUCAUCCACUUGUUUUGUUGAGUGUUGUAGAUCAUUUUAACAGAAUGGGCAAAGUAGGAAAUGUUAAACGUGUUGUUGGUGUUUUGCUUGGUUCAAAUCGACAAGGCAUUCUUGAUGUUUCAAAUAGUUUUGCUGUACCAUUUGAUGAAGAUGAUAAGGACAACUCUGUUUGGUUCAUGGAUCAUGACUACCUCGAAAACAUGUACGGCAUGUUCAAGAAGGUCAAUGCCCGAGAACGAGUUGUGGGCUGGUAUCACACGGGACCCAAGUUGCACUCCAACGAUGUGGCUAUCAACGAGCUUGUCAGGAGAUAUAACCCUAAUUCUGUGAUGGUGGUGAUUGAUGCCAAACCUAAAGACCUUGGUCUCCCGACAGAGGCGUACAUCUCAGUGGAGGAAGUGCACGAUGAUGGAACCCCGACCUCGAAGACUUUCAAUCAUGUACCGAGUGAGAUAGGAGCCGAAGAAGCAGAGGAAGUUGGUGUGGAGCAUCUGCUAAGGGAUAUCAAGGACACGACAGUUGGUACCCUGUCACAGCGCAUCACCAGCCAGCUGAUGGGACUGAAGGGUCUUCACAAACACAUCAACGAUGUCAGUCUGUACCUGGAGAAGGUCACGUCCAGCCAACUCCCGAUAAACCACCAGAUCAUUUACCAGCUCCAGGACGUCUUCAACCUCCUCCCCGACGUCAACCUUCAGGAGUUCGUCAAGGCCAUGUAUGUGAAAACUAACGAUCAGAUGCUCGUCGUUUAUGUCGCCUCGUUAAUUAGGUCAAUAAUUGCCCUGCACAACUUGAUUAACAACAAAGUUCAAAACCGUGAUGCGGAGAAGAACGAGGGAAAAGAUUCAAAGGAAAAGAAAGAAAAAGACAGUAAGGAUAAGAAAGAUGAUAAGGAUAAGGACAAGAAGGAUGAAAAGGAUGGAGAGAAGGAUAAGACGAAAGAUGCAAAGAAGGAAAAAGCCAAAGACACUAGUGGAUCCAAAAAGCCUUGAAGAAAAUAAAUAAAGACAAUAGUUCUCUGUAAAUUUGUAUUUCACAUAUUUUGUGAAUCGCAUUGGGUUUCUUUGACAAAAUUCAGUCAAAAGGUUCGCAAAUUGUCAUGUUCCAGCAGCCUAUAUCCGUAUUGUGUGAAGGUAAAACGUGAUGAAAGAAGAAGGAAAAAUGUGUAAGAACUCUUGAAUGUAAGGGAAAUACUUUUGAAGAAUGGAUUUUGUUCAACAUCAUUGUCAUUAAAUUUAUUUCAUAGAUGUACCAUAACUGCCUUUUUUGUUUCCAUAAUUUUCUGGAGGCUUAUUGCAAAGUGCAUGUAAGUGCAUUAUAGCAAAAUAAUAUGUCAAAAAUUUAGGAAAUGAAUUACUGUUAUUAAACACUAAUUCAGUUAUAUAUUUUUAUAGUUUACAAAUAUCUUAGUUCAAUAACUAAAGAUUUUUAAUGGAAUUAAUAUUGUUCUUCACUAUAAAUCAAUUUUAAAAAGUUGAACCAAUCUAAACUUAACAUUAAUGUAGUCCGACUAGCUGAUAAAUAGGAAUUGGGAUGUAGCUGUAUGGUAGAUCACUUGCUAAGGAGAUAGAUUAACCUUGGCAGACCUGUCGGGGUUUUAUCCCAUCCUAACCAGUGCCCUACGGAUGAUGCAGAUCAAAGGCCUUUAUUCCCCCUUCUUUUAUCAUCCUAUGUCCUCUCCCCCCCCCCCCCCCCCCCCCUUUUCCCUCCUUGGAAUUCCAUCUCAUUUCUUUCUCAUCUAGCAGCUCCUAUCUUUUAACUUUUACUGUCCAGCUUCACAUCCCAGUCCUUAUCUAUCCAACAAUGACAGAUGCUGGUCUCCCUUAGCCAUCCAUACCAUACACCUGCCAUUUCUAUCAGCUUUAGCUGUGGGCUUAGCCUGACCACAUUGGAGUGUUCAGUGGUGUGUGGUAUUUUAAAGAUAAAUAAACCAUGACCUGUAGUCGCCUGUAUACUGAUCUGGGAAAGACUGCUGUUGUAAUAGUUAAAUAGUAUUGUGCGACAGAAGUGGGUUCCAUAUUCCACUCUUUAAACCAUGUCAUAAUAACAAUCAGCCCUCUACAUUGCGACCAAUUUGGUUGCAUAUGCGAGUUUUGUUUUCAUUUGGCGACUAAAACAUAUACUAUCUAUAUAAAAAUACAAGUAUGUGCAAAUCUGGCUCCUAGAGGGAAAAGUUAACGUAGAGGGAUGAACAAUUAAACCCCAAACAGCCAUAGAAUAAAAUGUGCUGGGGUGUCGUCAAACAUUCCUUUCCUUUUUUAAGUGGUUGCUUAACACAGGUAUGGCUGUACUCAAGACAAACAAGGUAAUAAAUUUCUUUGAAUUCC